UGGCUUUCUUCAACGCGAUCCGACUACGACCCUUUCGUCUCUUUUCUACCAUGGCCUCGUCCCUUCCCUCUGUACCCGGCACAGAUCCCUCUCGAUGUGCUCUCGAUACCUUCAGGACAGCCAUUGCAAAACGAGUAGCCGAUGCUCUGCCUCCUUUGACCAUAGAGCAGGCAUAUUCAGGCGUCGACUACGGAAAAAAAGGCGUCGAUUUCACCGUCGCCCUUCUGCGAUUCCGUCUCCCAGGCAAGGUCGAUGAGCUCGCUGCAAAAGUUAUCGCUCAAUUUCAACCAGACGAAUAUGUCGCCUCUGUUACACAUGACAAAGCCUUUCUUCACUUCCAGCUGACAACAUCCACCGUUAUCCGAGAUGUCCUUACCCAAAUACAUACCCUCACCCACAGUACACCCUCUGGAGAGCCCGAAUACGGCACAAACGUCUCUGGCAGGGGAAAAACGCUGGUUAUCGAAUACUCCUCACCCAAUAUUGCAAAAUCCUUCCAUGUUGGACAUCUUCGAAGUACAAUCAUCGGCGCGUUUCUCGCCAACCUGUACAAAAGCUGUGGUUGGGAUGUUAUUUCUAUGAACUACCUCGGAGACUGGGGCACCCAGUUUGGUCUUAUCGCAGUCGGUUUUGAGAAAUAUGGAUCCCAAGAGGAACUCGAAAAAGAUGCGAUUAAGCACCUCUUCGACAUAUAUGUCAAGAUUAAUAAAGAUGCGGAAGCCAACCCUGAGGUCAAGGCUGAAGCAGGUAAAUGGUUCAAAAGGAUGGAGGACGGCGACGAGACUGCCCUCACAAACUGGCGGGUCUGGCGAGAGUUGAGCGUCAAGAAAUACGCUGAAGAAUAUGACCGACUGAAUGUCAAGUUUGACGUAUACACAGGCGAGAGUAUGGUUGGAAAGGAAUGGCAGGACAAGGCACAGGCCCGCCUAGAGGACAUGGGUCUUAUCACUGAUGCUGAUGGUGCAAAAAUUGUCGAUUUGGAGAAGUGGAAGCUCGGAAAGGCUGUUCUCCGCAAAAAGGAUGGGACUUCGAUAUAUCUGACUCGAGAUAUUGGAGGUGCCAUUGAACGAUAUGAAAAGUACAAAUUCGACAAGAUGAUAUAUGUCAUAUCGUCGCAGCAAGAUCUUCAUGUUCAGCAGUUCUUCAAGAUUCUUCAGCUUCUAGAGUUCCCCUGGGCGAAAACUCUUGAGCAUGUCAACUACGGACUUGUUCAGGGCAUGAGUACACGAAAAGGAACUGUCGUAUUCUUGGACCAGAUCAUCAAAGAGGCUGCCCAAGUGAUGCAUGAGCAGAUGCAAAAGAAUGAAGACAAAUAUGCUGCUAUAGAGGACCCCGAAACGACGAGUCGAGAAGUUGGUAUCACCGGUGUGAAAAUACAGGACAUGGCUGCGAAACGGAUCAACAACUACACAUUUACGUGGGACCGAAUGAAAUCUUUCGAGGGCGACACAGGUCCCUACCUUCAAUACGCGCAUGUCCGGCUCGCAUCUAUUGGUCGAAAAAACCCACAUCUUCUUCCUCUUCCUCCCCCAUCGCAGAUCAACAUCGAAACAUUGACUCAGUCGCAACACGCGCGCGAUAUCGCUCUCCUUCUGGGAUCAUAUCCAGAUGUAGUGAAGGUCGCUCUGAAAACACAUGAACCUAGUGGGGUGGUGACAUUCGCGUUCAGGCUCAGUCAUGCUAUUUCCAGCGCGUGGGAGACGGUAGUAGUCAAGGGAGAAGAGGACAUAGAGAAAGCGAGGGCGAGGAUGUGGCUAUACGAUUCUGCACGGGAUGUCCUGGCUGCCGCGAUGAGGCUAUUGAGCAUUCGGCCACUUGAAAGGAUGUAAGAUAGAGUAAUAUAGAUUGUGUAAUAAUUUUUGCAUCCGCUGAUAAGAUUAGAUCGUCCGUUCCGUUCCGAGC